UUAAAAAUAGCAUAAUUUGAAAGUGGAACUAUUUGGCUUUUUAAUAACAUAAAGUAUUAUGAUUAUCAUUCACUAGAAACAGUUAUAUUGACGAUUGAAUAGGAGUACUCACCUUCGAAGGACGUAUUCUUUCGACUUUACGCGGGGUGAAACGAUUUUGUGAUUGGUCGCUUUCACGAAAUCAUCUAUUUCCUUUCCGUAAGGAACACAUCUCUUGAUUGGCUUAAUACCGUGUUUACAACAAAAUGGCGACGUCCAUGAAGAAAAUUUAACUUUCGUGAAGGUUCUAUGGAUUGUUAAAAUAUUCCCGUCGAAAUAGGAUUCUUACAUACAAGUUUCAUUUAUCAUCAUAGGAAAUGAAUAAACUUUUUUGUUUAUCAAAUCCAUCACCAUUAAGGAUCCUGUUAUCAAAUUCUGUAAUACAGAAAUGUAUAGUGAAUUCUUUAGAAAAGAAACUACAUACCUGUAAAAAUUGUGAAAUUUUAAGAAAAGGAUUAUCCUCAAAAAGUUAUGGCAGCUGGAAUAUUGUUUUUAAACCACAUAUAUGUCGUUUGGGUAGUUAUCACAGUCAUACAUUAAGAAGAGAAAUCAAAGCUGCAGGGCAAAUUUUGAGUCGUUCUGGUUUCCAUAGUAAUAAAGAUAUAGCUAGUCUUCUAGGUAUAGGAAGACGGACUUUUAGUACAUCCCAAACCCGUUUUAAUCAAAGGAAUGAAAAGGAAAAUGAAGAUGAAAAAAAGAAGAAAAAGGAGGAAGAGACUAUGGGCAGACUGUUUAUCGGUUGUCUGGUUGCAUCAACUUUAACAAUGACCUCAUUUAUGCUGUUCAGAACCUGGCAGGAUCUCACUUCUCCUCAGCCUCGAUCAGCGCCUGAUGCAAGUCUUUUGAGAUUCAUAUCUUGGGAUGAAUUCUACGAUGAGAUGCUGUUGAAGGGGGAGGUUGAAACGAUCAUCAUAAAACCAAAGCAGGAAUUAGCUAUUAUUAGACUCCAUUAUGGUGCAGUUAUUAAAGGUAAACAGUCUCAGAUUUAUAGGAAUCUGUUUUUUAAAAUGAAAAUAAGUGAUCCCAUAGAAUUUGAAAGAAAAGUCCGGAUGUGUGAAGAGCAGCUUGGAAUUAAGCCCGAAGAUCAGAUACCAAUUCUUGAUAUUCAUAAGAGUUUCAGUGCUACAGACGCUCUAGUGAUUCUUCCAGGUAUCAUCCUGUUCGUGCUCUUGUUACCGAGAUUAACAAAACGUAUAAAGAUGUCUGAUAUGCCUAGUCCAACCGAUAUGUUUUCUGAUGUAAAGAAGGCCCGGUUUGUAAGAGUAGAUAUAUUAUCACAGCAAGGUAAAGGAAUCAGUUUUAAAGAAGUUGCUGGUCUGAAGGAAGCCAAGCAGGAAAUCAUUGAAUUUGUAGAUUAUUUAAAAUCUCCAGAUAGAUUCAAGGAACUUGGAGCUAAACUUCCACGAGGUGCAUUAUUACUUGGUCCACCUGGUUGUGGUAAAACUCUACUAGCAAAAGCUGUGGCAACAGAAGCUAAGGUACCAUUCCUGGCUAUGGCAGGAUCAGAAUUCGUAGAGAUGAUAGGAGGCCUAGGAGCUGCUCGAGUGAGAGAUUUAUUUAAAGAAGCUAAGAAGAGAGCACCAUGUAUUGUAUAUAUUGAUGAAAUUGAUGCUGUUGGGAAAAAACGAAGUGGGGGUAAUGUAGGAGGUGUUAAUUCUGAAGGAGAGCAGACGUUAAAUCAAUUAUUGGUAGAAAUGGAUGGAAUGGGAACACAAGAAGGUGUCAUCAUGUUAGCGUCGACUAACAGAGCUGAUAUUUUAGACAAGGCUUUACUUCGUCCUGGAAGAUUUGAUCGACAUAUUACCAUAGACUUACCUACAUUUGUUGAAAGACAAGAACUGUUUGAUUUAUAUUUAAAAAACCUGACUCUUCAAAAUAAACCAGAGUCACUGUCUUAUAGACUAGCUCAGCUUACACCAGGAAUGAGUGGUGCUGAUAUAGCAAAUGUAUGUAAUGAAGCUGCUAUUCAUGCUGCACGAGAGGGUAAAAAGGUUAUUGUUGGUUCCGAUUUCGAUUAUUCUCUUGAACGAAUUAUUGCAGGAUCCGAGAAGAAGUCAGGACUAAUGGCACCAAAUGAGAAGAAAGUUGUAGCUUAUCAUGAAUCUGGUCAUGCUUUAGUUGGUUGGUUGUUAGAACAUACUGAUGCCUUACUUAGAAUAUCAAUUGUACCUCGAACUAACAGUAUGUUAGGAUUUGCUCAGUAUAGACCUUCAGAUCAGAAAUUAUAUAGCGAGGAAGAAUUAUUUGAAAGAAUGUGUAUGGCUUUAGGUGGUAGAGCAGCAGAGGCCGUUAUAUUUAAUCAUGUGACAACAGGGGCACAAGAUGAUUUGAAGAAAGUUACGCAAAUGGCUUACGAUCAAGUACGCUCUUUUGGGAUGAAUAAGGUCGUUGGACCGAUAUCUUUCCCGCGUCAGGGGGAAGAACCAGGACCCAAACCCUUCAGUAGAAAAUUAGCUGCCAUCAUAGAUGAGCAAGUUCAGAUAUUAGUCAGUAGAGCUUAUCGUCAAACAGAAGGAAUUCUACAGAAAAACACAGAUAAAUUACAUUUAAUGGCUAAAAAGUUAUUAGAAAAAGAAGUUCUGACCUAUGAUGAAGUUGAAGUUCUGAUUGGUCCCCCACCCCAUGGUGUCAAAGAUAAAAUAGAACCUCAUGGAUGGGAGGGCAUCAUGCCCUCAAAUGACAACAACAACAAGCCUAAAAAAAUCUGAUUGAUUAAAUAAUCAAUUGUAGUGAAUAACUGUGCAGUGCAAUCAGUUUGAACUCAUCAAGUCCAUUUUAUUCCAACAUAGAUCAAUUGGCCAAUGUAUUAAUUGUGUUACUAAAAUAUAUUUUAGUAAUGAGCCUUACAUUCUAAGCAUAAAAACUCUAUAAGUGACGAAUUGAAUGGUGCUGUCUUGUUGUGUAUUAUAUUAAAUUGUUAUAUUGUAUGGCUGAAACGUCUUCUUAUUUCAUAAAUAAAUGUGUUCUUACUUUAAAAAUAAAGUUUGCUACUUUUAAA